AUGGCAGGCGCCGUGAGGCAGCCCAUCGAUGUGCAGUCGCUUGAGCGGUUUAUAUCCCAAAAUGUUCCGGAAAUCAAGACUCCAAUUGACAUCAAGCAGUUUGGAUUUGGACAAUCAAAUCCCACAUACCAGCUUACAGGGAACGAUGGAGCCAGAUUCGUGAUGCGGAAGAAACCUCCCGGAAAGUUGGUUUCGAAAACUGCACACCAAGUCGAGCGGGAAUACAAAAUCAUUCACGCCUUAGAGAAUACCGACGUUCCCGUGCCAAAGGCGUAUUGUCUCUGUGAGAAUGACAAGGUCAUUGGAACCCCAUUCUACAUUAUGGAGUUUCUAGAUGGGAGGAUCAUCGAGGAUCCUACCAUGCCUGAUGUAACACCUGCCGAAAGGACAGAAAUGUGGCACGAUGCCGUCCGAACAUUGGCCAAGCUCCACCGGAUCAAUCCCAGAGAUGUAGGACUGGAGGACUAUGGCAAGCCUUCUGGUUUCUACGAUCGUCAGAUCAGAACCUUCUCUGCGAUCUCUAAAGCACAAGCCGCGACAGUUGAUGUUGAUACUAAAGUUCCCGUCGGACAAAUACCUCAUGUUGAGGAGAUGUUGACAUUUUUUCGGGACAAGAAAUUUCAACCGAAGGACCGGGGAAACCCCAUUCACGGAGACUACAAGAUUGACAACCUGGUCUUUCAUAAGACGGAACCCAGGGUCAUUGGUAUACUAGACUGGGAAAUGUCUACUAUCGGCCACCCAUUAUCAGACCUUAUCAACCUGACUACCCCUUAUUAUAUGAUCAAUCAAACGCGAAUCAGAAACCUACCUGCUUUUACAGAAGGGGCAACUCCGGGUCUACCGACACAAAACGACCUCAUGAAAUGGUACGCUGAGGUAGCAGGCUGGGACCCAUCCCCUGACUUGACUUGGGGAAUCGCAUUCGGAUUUUUCAGAGCGACAUGCAUUUACCAGGGAAUCGCGGCCAGGUGGGCAGUAAGACAAGCAAGCAGUGCAAAGGCGAAGGACCAUGCCCAAGCUCGGCAUCCAAUGGGACAACUAGCAUGGGAUCAUGUCCAGAGUGCUCUGCAACAAACAAAAGAGAGGCCAAAACUAUAG